UGGGUUUAGGGUUUCUAACCUCACUCCCCCUCUCCUCUUACCCUACGCCAUGAGAGCCCUCUUCUCAUCCUUCUCUUCCCCCUCCCUCUUCUCCCUCCCCGCACGAAACCCUCUCCUCUUCCUCCUCCUCCUCCGCCGCAUCCCCUCUCCCUCCACCCCUCCUCCUCCCCCUCCCUUUCCCCCUCUCCCCCCCACUCUCCUCGCUCGAUCCCUCCAUGGCCUCGCUCCUCCCCCCUCCGCGCCUCCUCCCUCCCGGAUCCUCCAAUCCGAUCCGAACCCUGGUCCCGCCUCGGAGGUCGACAAUGGCGACGACGGCGACGACCCCAUGGACGAGUUCCUCUCCCGCUUCGUCUGGGCCAUCCGCGGCAAGCUCGCCGACGCCUUCCCCGGCCUCCCCCGCGAAACCCUGGACGGGAUGCUCCUCGUCAUCUGCCAAAAGGUCGUCGCCCGCCUCGACGGGGGCUCCUCCGCCUCCGGCGACGGGGACUCGCCGCUGGAUCUGAGCGAGGACCUGUGGAGGACGAUCUGGGAGGUGAGCAACUCCGUGCACGAGGCGAUGCGGAGGGACCGGGUGCGCGCGGAGCUCAAGCAGUACCUCCACUGCGACGAGGUCAAGGAGAUGUGCCGCUUCGCCGCCGAUGUUGGCAUCCGCGGCCCCUUCCUCCGCGAGCUCCGCUUUAAAUGGGCACGGGGGAAGCUCGACGAGGUCGAAUUCUACAGAGGCCUCGAUCGGAUGCGGGAGCAAGGCCAAAAGCGUGAGCAAGAAGGUGGGGAAGAGAAGGGUGCGCCGCCGAUGGUGACGGUGUUGCCGCAGAGGAAGGGGAAGAUCAAGUACAAGAUAUACGGAUUGGAUUUGUCGGAUCCUAAGUGGGCGGAAGUGGCCGAGAAGGUCGCAGAAGCGGAGAAGCACUUUGUGCCCGAGGAGCCGCAGCCGAUCGAAGGGAAAUGCAAGAAGGUCGAGGAGAAGAUACUUGCUUUGAAUGCGAAGCGCGAUGAUCCUGCGCCUUUGCUGGCGGAAUGGGCAGAGCAUUUAGGGCCGAAGAGGGUCGAUUGGCUCGCGUUACUCGAUAGGAUUAAAGAACGAAAUCUCAAUCUCUACUUCAAGAUUGCUGAACUCCUCUUGGACGAAGAAUCCUUUGAAACCGCCAUCCGCGACUACUCCAAACUAAUCGACCUACACUCAAAGGCAGACCGCUUAGAAGAUGCAGAGAGAAUCCUUCAGAAAAUGACCGAAAAGGCAAUCGACCCUGACAUUCUCACAUCCAUCACCUUAGUCCACAUGUACAGUAAAGCGGGAAACCUCGACCGUGCAAAGGAAGCCUUCGAGCGCUUAAGGAAAGAGGGCUUCCAACCCGACUUGAAGCUCUACAACUCGAUGAUCAUGGCUUACGUAAAAUCCGGUCUUCCCAAGCAAGGGGAGAUGCUGAUGAGAGAGAUGGAGGUGAAGGACAUUAAACCCACGAAGGAGCUUUACAUGGAGCUACUCCGUGCUUUUGCCGCUCGUGGCCAAGUGGACGGCGCACAACGAAUCAUGAACACAAUGCAGUUUUCGGGAAUCCAACCUACCCUUGAAUCAUUCACACUGCUCAUCGAAGCCUAUGGACAGGCGGGCGACCCAGAUCAGGCACGCGGCCACUUUGAUCAGAUGGUGAAGUCAGGGCACAAGCCGGACGAUCGGUGUACCGCAAGCAUGAUAACCGCGUAUGCAAAGAAGAACCUUCUCGACAAGGCCUUAGACUUGUUAUUAACCCUAGAGAAGGACCGGUUCAAGCCGGGCGUUCUAACAAACACCGUGUUGGCAGAUUGGUUGGGGAGGCUGCAGCUCGUCGAAGAAGCCGAGCAGUUGGUGAAACAAAUAAAGGAGACGGGAGAAGAAGCACCUUUCGAGAUUCACAUCGGCCUGUGCGAUAUGUACGCGAGGGCGAAGCAAGAGGAGAAGCUUCGGAAGUCGAUGAAGAUACUGGAAGGGAGGAAGCAAAUGUUGAAGGCUGAUCAGUUCGAAAGGGUUAUAAGCGGUCUUUUGGCGGGCGGUUUCGUGCAGGACGCAAAGAGAAUGCAUGGUCUAAUGCAAGCGAGGGGCUUUGCGCCGUCUGAGUCGGUUAGGGUUGCGCUCAUGGCGGCGCAGUCGAUCCCUCGCCCAAGGCCGGCGUCUCGGAAAAGGGGGUAAAGCAUGAGAUGGAAUAAUACUCGGCUUUAAACUUAUAUCAAACUAGUUUUAGAGUUUUAUGUCUGUAACAUUUUUUCUUAGCUUUAUUUCAACUACUUUGAAUAAGUAGCAGAAGUUGAAACAUAGUUAGAAUUAAAUUUCGCUCCCCUUUUUUUAUGUGCUAGAUUAUCAAAAAUGGUUUAUCACGCAAUUUACAGACAUAUUGUUGUUGUA